AUGGUCUUGCCUUCCAAUCUUGAACUCGAACGAGCAAUCCACUGGUUCAAUAUCCAGCAUCGAAAGAAUUAUGGUGCAGACACAAUCUCUGAGCUGCCACCACGCGUCUUGACUCUUCGUGAUUCUCCAGUCAAAUGCUUCGUCGACAACAAGCUCCCGGAACAGUUGAUCCAUGACUAUUAUCUUGCCUUAGUGAUGGAUUAUUUCAAGACCGAGGCACAGCCUAUUCUAGAACGAUGGAUGACAAACAAUGAUAUGAGUCUGGAGGAAUUCAUUUCACAAUUGUAUGCGAUUUAUCAAACGAUUGAGAACCCUCUCAAAAUGCCACUGCUUAUCAAUAGUCCAUUAAGCUCUCCAAAGCUGAAGACACAUCUCAAGCAAAUCUGUUCAAGAAAUCUGCUCACGACGCUGGCGUCUGGAAAAGCUGAAUUCGACAGAAAGCGGGAUGCAUUUUACCUUGAGGGCUUUGCGUUAUUUGAGACACGACGACCUUGUUGGGUGCCUGAGCUAUUGAAUGGAUAUGACACGCGUGUGCUUUAUGAAGAUCUUGAAAGCGAUAUACCCUAUUUUACCGACGCUGCCACACUUUCCAAUCAGCAACUGCAAGCUAUCAUUGAACGCAUCAUCAGCUCGGGAGCCGCCAUCAUGAUGGAUGAGGAUCCACCCGCUUUAGACGACGCUUUGAUUUCAUUCAAGAACACAUGCCAUCAAAUUCAUGCACUUGGACUUACAGCAGAUAUGACACCUCUUGUCCAGAACAGGCUGCAAGAAAAGCUGACACUGGAUGCUGAUUGGGUGGAUGACAUUGGCCAAGAAUCGAUCCUUGAUGAUACCAUGCUAUGGACACGGCAGGUCUUACUUCCAUGGCUCUCGUUUAUUUGGUUGGCCCGUGACAUAGAGGAAGAGCAGUGGUAUGAUUUCUUGCGAGCGAAGAUCAAAGUCGAACAUCUUGCUCGAAAGAUAUUCUUUGAUACAAGAUUGAGCAGGAUUUUCGAUAUCAUCACGGAGUAUCCUGCUUCUGAAAGUGUGGUUCUUGAUCUCAAGCGUAUUGCAUGCAAGAAACGACCUGAAAAGCUUGGCAACGACAACAUCUUAUUACAUCGAAUCAAGGAAGCUGUUCUUAAAGAAUUUCAAGCGCGACUGUUGAAACUGAGCGUAUGGCCUACAGCGAUCCUGCAACAAUGCGUGUUAUGUGUACAAUGCCUCCGUGAGCUUGAUCCAUCGUGUGAUAUUCUUUUGCCAAUCAUCGAUAGCGUACGCACAUAUCUCAGAACGAAACGAAAUGAUGCUGUUGCAGCCGUUGUGGAUAUGAUACGGGAGGGCGAAGAGUAUGGAUUAUCGGAUGAUGACAUUUACACAUUCAAGGAGGGUGAGCUCGAAGGCAAAGAAGAAAUGGAUGAACGAGAACGCCUUCGUCGCAUUGCUAUUGAUCCAACUGCCAUCUUAAUCAGCAUGUGUGGUUCGGCUGCCGGUUUUGUAAAGGCCUAUCAAGCCAAGCUUAGCAAGGAGCUCUUUAUGGUGAAAGACUAUGAUACGGAUGAAGAGAUGGCCAAACUCGAGCUUCUCAAGCAGCGAUUUCCUGCCAACACGAUGAUGAGCUGCGAUAUCAUGCUGAAGGACCUUGCUGAAAGCAAACGCAUUGACCGGCAGAUACAUGAUGACAAUGUGGGAGUACAAGAUACAUUUCACGGCAUGGUUCUUUCACGUCACUAUUGGCCUCGGAAAAACGCUGAUGAUGAGGAUGACGAGGAUGAGGAUGAGGACCCGGAAAAACCAGUGCAGCUGCAUCCUGAAAUAGUCCAGUCAAUGGAACGAUUUGAAGCCCAGUUUAGAGGAUACAAGACGGAUCGAAAGCUCAAAUGGUCACCGACACAAGGAUGUAUUACUGUCGAGCUCGAAUUUGGAGAUCGAACAGCCGAGUUUAGAGUGGAUUCAAUCAAAGCAUUGGUGAUAUCGGUUUUCAAUGAUUCAGACCAAGCUUUCACAGAUGAUCAAAUUGCCGAAACGCUCAAUGUGGAUGUGGACUUAGUAUUGGAGGCUUUGGAGUUUUGGGAAAAGGAAGGCGUGCUGGAAUUGACAAGCGACGGUGUUUUUCGAGUAUUAGACGAAGAGCGAUAG